AUGAAGGUUUUAAUCACCGGUGCGACAGGGACGAUAGGCAGUGAGAUUUUUCGGCAUUGCCUCGCCCAUCCAGACAUCACCAGCGUCGUGGCCAUAACACGCCGGAGCCUGCCAGAGACUAUAUCUAGUCAUCCCAAGCUCACCUCUGUCGUCAUGCAAGACUUCAAGGUUUGGCCCAGGGAGUUGCUUCAGUCCCACAGCGACGCGGUCGGCAUGAUCUGGGCGCUGGGCGGGUCAGAAGGUAACGCCACCGUCAACCUUGAGUUCCCGCUAGCCUUCACGAGGGCCAUGGCCGAAGUCCUCGAGUCCGAGCAUCGGGUGGCCGGAGCUAGAGUCGGAAAGAUACCUAGGCAGGAGUUCCGGUUUAUUUAUCUGAGUGGGGCGUUUGUCGAGAGGGAUCAGAACAAGAAACUGUUCCUUGAACGAGACCCGCCGAACAAAGACAUCUGUAUCCUGCCGGCGGCGAGAAAAUUAAAGGUUUACCCAGCUGACGAAUUGGCAACACUAAAGGGCGUGACGGAGACAGAGUCCCUGGCAUUUGCCCGAGAACACGCGCAUAUAUGGCAGACGCUCAUCGUACGGCCAGGGGUAGUGCUGCCCAAGGAUUCAAUCGCCACAUGGAUGCUGGGCUGGGCGUUGGGAGAAAAUUGGGUUAUUGGCAGGGAGGAGCUUGCUGCGUUCAUGACCGAUCUUUGCGCCAACGGCGCGGACGAAAAGGACAAGACCACGUUCGAGAACUCCGGGAUACUGCAUAAGGGAAGGGCACUUCUUCAAAGGACAGACAAUGGGAUUUUGUUGAGCGCUUAG